UUUUUCUUGUUUUUCAAUGUUUCAUUUUUUUACAUUUGUCGAAUUAAAAUCCAUUCGAAUACUUUGUUUAUGGAUGGUCAUUUCUUGAUUUGUUUUUGUUUUAAUUUCGUUAUAAAUUCAAUAAUACCAUGGAUCAAGAUGGUUCAUCAGAUGAUCAUGUAAAAAAUCUUGUUAAACGAUUUCAAGCUGAACAACUUCCAUCAGAAGUGAUUGAUGUUUUGUUGAUUUUUUUCAAUAGUCAUAACAAGAAUGACAUCACGACUGAAUCAUCGUCAUCGUCGAAUGUGAUUGAGAAUGACAUUGAACAACCAACAAAAUCAACAAUCAUCAAACAAGAUAAAGUGCAAAUACAAUCAAUUGUUGAUCAAACAUUGACAAUACCAGAAUAUUUUGAUCAUUGUGUCGAAUUUUAUGAUGGCUAUUUUCAUGAUAAUGGUGGCUGUGGCUGUUCGAAACAAUGUCAUCGAAAAUUUUCUAAAUCCAUUGCAUUUAAAUCACAUUUGGAUGCAAUGGCAUUGGAUAAAUAUUGUCCCGAUCAUGUUAAUCACCAGCAUUUAUUGCUUCUAGGAGCAAUGAAUAGCCUUGUACAAAGUAAUGUUGAUUCGAAACGAAAACGUAAAAAAACAAAAACAGACCACCAUUCUGAUGAUGAUCAAUCCGCCAACAAUUCUCGAGCACAUACAAAUUUUAAAUUUCGUGGCCAAGAAGUAUGUCGAUCAUUUUUCCACUAUGUUUUUGGUUGUGGUAAUAAACGUUUUAAAAAUGUACUUAAACAUUUCAUAUCGAAUGGAAUCGAUUCACCAAGACAUGAAUCUAUUUAUAAUAAUUGUCUGAAUAAAAUACCAAUGAAUCGUCGUCAACGUGAAGCAUUGAUAUUCAUACAGAAUUAUGGCCAACAAAAUUCAUUGCAAAUACCCGGCUGUUUUAGCACUGAAUCAAAUAAUAAUAAAGAUUUAUAUCUAUUGCCAAAUAAUCCUAAUCAAUCACGACGUCAUAUCUAUGAACAAUAUUCGAUUACAUGUUCGGAAUUGAAAAUGGAACCAUUAUCAUUUGCAUUAUGGCAAGAAUUAUGGAAUCUUUAUUAUCCUAAUAUUCAAACAUUUAAUGAUAGAUUUGAUCCAUGUUAUGAAUGUCGUCAAUAUCAACAACGUUUAAUUCGUAUUGAUUCAAUGGAAUCAUCAAAAGUUGAAUUGUUACAAAAAUAUCUUUCACAUUUGAAUAUGAUUCAACCAGAAUUGAAUCAUUUUCAAUCAAUCAUAGCCAAAUGUCAAACUGUUUAUGAUGAAUAUGUUCAAAAUGCACAAAAUGAUUUUAGUCAAAAUUUGAAAGAAUCAUUUCGAUCAACAUUAAAAUCAAUGCAUUAUACAUUCGGUUGGUAUACGACCAUUUCGUUACCAUUUUAUCCACAGAAUCCAAGAAUUUAUUUCAAACAUGGUUACAAAGUAGCCAUGUUUGGUAUUGUAGUCGAACCAUUGAGGAAAUUUAUCUUGUACAUUGUGCCAGAAUUUAUUUGUCAUCAAACAACCAACCUGAUAAACAUUAGUCUUUCAUUGUUACAUCAUUUUUUCUCUACAUAUCUAUUUGGUGAACAAGAAUCUAUAAUUCAUUUGGCAAAUGGUCAACUAAAUCAAAUGAAAAAUUCUUCAUUAUUAUCAUAUUUAAUGUGGCGAACAUUGAUUGGUAAACAUGAUAAAUUUAAAGUUUCCACACUUCCUAUAGGUCAUUCAUAUUGUUGGAAUGAUUUAUUCAUGGGUGUAUUGAAGAAAAAAUUUCGAAAUUGUCGAUUGAAUUCAUUAUCCGAUCUGAAAAUGCUUGCCGAUCGUUGCUGUUUGAAUGUUGCCGGCACUAAUAAUGAUGAUGAUCGUUAUAUACAAACCUAUCUUGUCGGUAAUGAUCAAGGACAAACUACGUUAGAUCUUUAUGAUUGGACAUUGAAAUUGGCUAUGAUACAGAAAAUCGAUACAACAGUAUUAAGUGAUAAUAAUCAUUUUGAAAUUGGAAUAGAUUUACCUGGAUUUGUUUUGUGUCGAAAAACAUUGAAUUCGAAUGAGACAAUCGUUUCUUAUCGUUUAAUAGCAAAUGAAUGUCUGUCCUUGAUAAAUGAAAAUCUACCACAACGAUUAGAAUUACAACCAUUAUCAUCGGAAAGAUUUUCUUAUCUAUACGAUGCUAUCAGACCAUUUGUAUUGGAUAAAGAUUCGAUUAUCUGGAAAAUGUAUCCCAAUGAUCAACUACCGAAAGAUUUGGAUAUGGAAUCAAUUUCAGAUGGCACUGGUCAACCUGAUGAUCCUCAAGUGUUAGAACAACAACAAUCGAAUAAAAAAUUUCGUUGUAGUUAUUGUAAACAAUUUGGACAUCGUGAAAUGGUAUUCGGCAGAAUUCGUUGUCCAGUCAAACGAAAUGAUUCUAAUCUAUUCAAUUUACAAGAACGGCCACAAGAUGUUGCCACCACUGCAACGAAUAAUUCAACAACAAUGAUUGAAUCGACAUCCAAUGAUAAUGAAGGACUGAAUGAUGAUCAAACAAAACAAUUAUUGGCAAUAUUGGAAAUGAAUGGACAAAAUUUACAAGUCGAUGAUGAUGGUGAUGAUGCUGAUGUUGAAAAUGAUUAGAAAUGUAACAUUAUGUGAUAAUAAGUGACAAAUGUUUCAAUUUAGCCUAAUUGGAGAAAAGAAAAAAAAUCAAAAGUCUGUCUUGUUGUUGGUGGUGGUGUGUUGGUAAAAAAUGGUUCCAAGGGGGUUCGAAUCCAGCCGAAAUAAAAUGAUGAAAUUUUACUUUGUUCA